AUCUUGAACUGGGCUAAAGGGCAAAUCAGCCCUGCUGAUGUUAUAAACUGUGCCUUACUGGGCUGUAAUUCAGAGCUACUCUAAUCUGUCCUCUCACUGAAACCUGGUGAAUUCCUUCACUACGCAAUGCUGCAGAAUUCGGGAAGGCUGUCCGGAUACACCCUGUUUAUCACGGGUGCGAGUCGAGGCAUUGGUAAGGCCAUCGCUCUCAAAGCUGCCAAGGACGGUGCCAAUGUUGUCAUAGCAGCCAAAACCGCCGAAGCCCACCCCAAGCUGCCUGGCACUAUCUACACAGCUGCUGAAGAAAUUGAAGCAGCAGGCGGGAAGGCUUUGCCAUGUAUCGUGGAUGUCCGCGAUGAGAAGCAGAUCAGUAAUGCAGUGGAGAAUGCAGUGAAAAAAUUUGGAGGAAUUGACAUUUUGGUGAACAAUGCUGGUGCAAUCAGCCUUACAGGGACUCUUGAUACUCCCAUGAAGAAAGUGGACCUUAUGUUAGGCAUCAGUCUCAGAGGAACAUAUCUGACGUCUAAACUGUGCAUCCCACAUCUCUUGAAGAGCAAGAACCCUCACAUUCUCAACCUCAGUCCCCCGCUGAACCUUAACCCUGUAUGGUUUAAAAACCACACAGCAUACACCAUGGCAAAAUAUGGCAUGUCCAUGUGUGUCCUUGGAAUGGCUGAAGAAUUCAAGGGCUCCAUUGCUGUGAAUGCCUUGUGGCCUAGAACAUCUAUUCAAACAGCUUUGAUGAACAUAAUGGGUGGAUCUGAAAUAGGAAAACAGUGCAGAAAAGUUGAAAUUGUGGCUGAUGCCGCCUACGCCAUCCUCGGCAAACCUGUCAGCUAUACAGGACAGUUCGUCAUUGACGAGGACAUCCUCAAGAAGGAGGGUAUUAAAGACUUUGAUGUAUACGCAGUCACACCAGGCCUACCACUGCUUCCUGACUUCUUCCUGGAUGAGGAGGCAGGGACGCUUGAGAAGAUGAUAGAGGAUUAUAGUGCCAGUUCUGCUUCCAAGGGUGGAGAAGCCAGUGCUGAAGCAGCUCUCAGUGGACCCACUGGUGAAACGUUUAACGUGAUCAAGGGAAUUCUCAGUCCAGAGCUGGUCAAAACCACGCAGGGAGUUUACAAAUUCAACCUGUCUGGGGAGCAUCCUGGAGUUUGGUACAUUGACCUGAAGAAUGACGCAGGCAGUGUGGGCAGUGGGGAGCCACCAGUCAAAGCUGAUGUCGUGAUGAGCUUGGACAGUAAUGACUUUAUCAAAAUGUUUGCAGGGAAGUUAAAGCCAACCAUUGCCUUCAUGUCGGGCAAGCUGAAGAUUGAGGGGGACAUGACCCUAGCCAUCAAAAUGGAGAAGAUGAUGAACUUGAUCAACAAGUCCAAGGUGUAACUAGGAUCAACGUGCCUUCUGCCUUAAUUAGCGCCCACCUUUUCUCAGGUGUUUGAGCGUGUCAUUUUUAUUAAGCCAUCAACUUAACAGAAUGCCGAUACAGUUUUCUUCUUUUUCAUGUUCAUCCCUAUAACGAAGACACUUCUGUUCUUUCUUGCAAUAACAUAAUAACACUGGCAGCUGGUAAAUUAAUUGUACCAAAAGCCAUGUGGGCUGUGGAACUGAAGUUUUGUUUUUUUAGACCGUUUUUGAUGUAGUUAUUUCUGUUCAAGUCUUUUGAAUGAGUCUAGUUAUGUUGAGCUGUGUGCUGCUUCCCACACGUCCAUGACGAAACAGCUGUGGAGCUGAACCCAUUGAACCGAAGACAUUUAACCUCCAGUCAUAUUUAACCAGAUUUGGUAAAUGAAAGCACGACUGCAGUUAAACUGCUGAAUAUUGUUUGCAGUUAAAUUUUAGGACUGUUCUCUCUACGGUUCCUGUUUCUGUUCUUUCUUUUUGCUGUAUUUGCUUGAUCUUGCACUAAACUGUAAUAAAAAAAUCAAAUUCAAA